AUGAUCGAAGAAAAGAUUCUGUUUGAACGAGGCAACGUUUAUAUCCAUGAACGUCCUGUUACUGAUUCCAAAGGCACAGCUCUAGAUGAAAUUGGAGGUACCAUCUUUUUAGUUGAGAAUGAAAGAGGAAAAAUUCUACGUUUCAUUCCAUUGGGACUUGAAAAUACGAAUUAUGCGGUGACGGAUGAAUGGGCAAUGGUAAAUGGACAUUCAGUUAUUAGCUAUAAUAAAAAUGGCAAUUCAGAUUCUGAAUCAUUAUCGUUCAAUAAUAGUCCAUUGUUGAAAUAUCGCUUUCAAUUUCGUUUACACGAUUUGAGAAAUAUUAGACGUCAUCAUACGUUACAUGGAAUUGCUCACAUGAUAUUUAUCUUGAAAGAUGGCACAACUUUACCUGCUUUUUAUUUUCAUCUUGGUGGUUCUAAAAAUUUACUUCAACAGAUUGCCCAAUAUCUUCGACUAGAAAAAUCAAUCCAAGAUAGUCGUCUUUAUAUUAUUAAAGAUGCUCUACCAUCAGAACCAAAAGAAAAUGUACAAGCUGCCAGUACAUUUGACCAACUACAUCUGUUUGAUAACGGAAAUGAUUCAAUGAGUAGAUUUAAAUUUGGUCAUGAUUCAAGACGUACAACUAUGGAACGUUUUUCAAAAGUAACUCAUUUUCUACGUGAUGCAUUCCUUGGACAAAAUGAUAUUACAUCCACAGGCGAUAAUGAGGACGGUGGCAUUACACCAGAUUUCAAUUCAUUACUUGAAUCAUUCAAUGGAUCGUGUGAUUUACGUGAAUCAAACAAUGAUGGUUUUGAAGUUAUUUAUAAGGUGGAUUUCAAAAAACUACCAGAUGUCACUCGUUGUGCUCCUAUUACAAUUAAAGAAUGGCAAGCAUUGUUUGAUAAAAAUGGAAAAAUUAUGGAUCCUGAUUCGGUUAAGGUACGAAUAUUUCGUGGUGGACUUGAGAAUUCAUUGAGAAAAGAUGGUUGGAAGUUUUUGUUAAAUUAUUAUCCAUGGGAUUCGACUGAAAAAUCUCGAAUUGAUAUAACAAAACAAAAACAAAAUGAAUAUUUUUCAAUGAAAUUACAAUGGCGAUCAAUGACUGAACAACAAAAACAGCGAAAUAAUUUAUUUCGUGAUCGUGAAAGUCUAAUAGAAAAGGAUGUCAUGCGUACUGAUCGUACAUUGGAAUAUUUUCAAGGAGAAGGAAAUAUACAUCUAGAACUUUUACACGAUAUUUUAAUGACUUAUAACAUGUAUAACUUUGAUUUGGGAUAUGUUCAGGGUAUGAAUGAUUUACUUUCACCUGUAUUAAUUGUAAUGGACAAUGAAGUUGAUGCAUUUUGGUGUUUUGUCGGUUUAAUGGAUCGAAUGGGUGAUAAUUUUCAUAUGGAUCAAAGUCAUAUCAAACGUCAAUUGUCAAAUCUUCAUACAUUAUUGCAAUUUAUUGAUGCUGAAUUAGCAAAUUAUUUAGCUGAAAAUAAUUCAAGCAAUAUGUACUUUUUCUUUCGAUGGAUGUUAAUUUGUUUUAAACGAGAAUUUUCAUUUCAAGAUGUACUGUUGUUAUGGGAGGUUAUAUGGACAAAUUAUCCAUGUAAAAAUUUCGAUUUACUUGUCUGUCUUGCUAUUUUAAUAUCUCAGAAAACUGUUAUUAUGGAAUCACAAUUCGGAUGCAAUGAAAUAUUAAAGCAUAUCAACGAUUUAUCAUUUAAAGUACAAUUAGAACCAUUACUACGGCAAGCUGAAGGCCUAUAUAUACUAUUGAAAAAACAUGAAGAAUCAACUCCUGGUCUACCGCCCGUAAUCUCCUCGAUUAUGUUUCCAAAUAUGAAAAAGAAAAAAAUACGAAAUUUUAACGAUGAUGAUGAUGAUGAAUCAGAUGCUACGUCCACAAUCUCGUCAACAUCGUCAAGAACACAUUCACCAUCAUAUGGACCUGUUCGUGUAAGACAUCAUACAGAUUCACAUACAAUCAAUGAAAAUGAUAGUGCUGUUGUUACUCAUACAAGUUAA